AUGGUGCAGUAUGGGAGUCAUACAACAAGAACACUGAAUUAUAUGGAAAGUUAUCUCGAGGAUUUCCAUAAGUACAAGGAUAUCUUUUUAGAAUUCCAGGCAUAUAGGAGGACGGUUCAGGAUGCGAGAAAUCGAACAAAAGCCUUAAAUGCCCCAGGCUCCCAGAGUGCUGAACGAGGUUUAGAGGACAUUCGCGGGAUACAAGAAAGGUCUCACUUCAACUUCCUCAAAUUGCACAUGUUAUCGCACUAUCGGGAACAUGUUGAGCUCUUUGGGAGCAUUCUCCAGUACUCUACCAAUAUCAGUGAACUCGCCUAUGUACAUCAGAUAAAAGAGGCAUACAGAGCAUCCAACAAGGGGGCGUUAGAGAUUCGAAUGCUGAAUUUGAAAGAUAUUGUUGGAGGUUCUAAGAGCACUGACCACAUCCUUUGGCGCCAUCCAGCUAACCUGAAGGGGUUACUUGAGAUUUUUAAAAUCGAAGACCGGAAAAACACUCCAAAUGAACGAUCCAUAGUGGAAGUAGGUUUGCCUCCAAUGCAUCUUUGUAACCCCUCCAUGAAAUCGGAAAGACUUUUCAAUAUUGUGGAUGGACUGCAAAUAAGCCAUACCACAUCAUAUCGUCUGAUAAAGGAGUAUGCAGAGGUUGCGGGAUGCUCUCAAUACUUUGCCGGAAUCUCUGAGAGCAUUUUAGAGCGUCGGGUGGAAAUGUUCACAUGUUUGCAGGUUCCGAUACCAAUCUUCCAAAGACCUGAGGUGUGCGAGAUUCACAAUCUUAGGUGUACGGGAAAUGCAGCUUUUGGGAAAGGAAAAAUAAGAAAGGAUUGGGUAUGGAUGUCGGUAGCAUCUUCAGAGGAGUGGAGAGUAUUUCGGGGACGCUUACCAGGACGUAUGAAGGCUAUAUUCAAGCUGUGGGACAGUGGGUGGCGAACAAAUAGACUAUGUAUAAUGGAGCUACUCGAGGCAAAGGAUCGUGGUAUCACUGAUAGCUCACAUGGGCUCCUGAAGGUUUGUGGGAGGAGGCGGAAAAGGAUAUGGGUCGUUAAUAUUCGUAGUAUAUUGGAAAUUGCCUAUUUGUUUGAGGUGGAGACUGCCAUGAGGGCAUUCGUGAGUGCUCUGAAAAUGUUAGACCCAAUUGGACUCUCUUAUUCAAAAUUCGUGUCGUUCUGCUAUGCAUACGAAUUGGAAGAAGGAGGUAAAGUUUUGACCGAUCAGUAUCUCAGUGUGGCUAUCCAGCAAGCUCGCUACAGGAGGGCAAUGCCAGGAGGGCAAUGCCAGGAGGGCAAUGCCAGUCCUUGUUUGCUGCUUGUAAAUGGACAUUGA